AAAAUAAAAUAAAAAAUAAAAAAAGAAAACGCCGAAAGACGGGACCCUGACACACACACACGCGUGCAGCGGCUAUAGAGGGGCACAUGGCAGCCGCGUUGCCCGGUCAACAUGUUUAUGGUGGGAUGCAACGACACCACCCGCCGCCCUCUCGCCCGUUGUCUGGUUGCUGCGCAAGCAGAAGCCGCCCCAAGGGAAGCAAGUUAAGCCUUUUCUUCUUUGAAACCGGUCCUUUGUUUUACUGACCCCCUCCCCCCGUCCCUUCGUCCUCUUCUCAAAAACCGUUCUUUCCCCUUGACACAGCAUUCCAGUCAACUUCAUUCCAGGCCACACACACGCCGAUUGUCUCUCUGCAAAUCUUAUCCCGUAUUCUAUUCCACUGCUCAUCGUUUUUUCCGAGUAUUACUUUUUUUGGAGCAUCGUUUUCGAAACAGGCGCCAGACCAUCUUCCCCCAGGUCCCCAAACACCACAGUUGCUUCUGCUGCGACGCCGCUGUAGCAUCCGGCUCGUCAACAGCCUUGCAAUCCCCUUGCCCCAGGCAAAGAACACGUCGUGUGGGCGUAAACAAAAACCCCGACAAUGUCGACUCAAAACUAUCGCAGCUCCUACUACUCGCCGGCGAGCUACGAUCAACCGCGCCGCAACCAGCGCACACGAUCUAGCGACGGCACCGUCAGCACCACCAUGAGCUCGUCUUCUGGUCGCGAGUCAGCAGCGACACACAUCACAGAUGCCCCGACUUACUCCAAGAAGAUUGUGGUGGUUGGCGACGGUGGCUGCGGAAAGACUUGUCUGCUCAUCAGCUACAGCCAGGGCUACUUCCCCGAGAAAUACGUCCCGACUGUCUUCGAAAACUACAUCACUUAUCCCACGCACCCUCCCACUGGUAAGACCGUGGAGCUCGCUCUCUGGGAUACUGCCGGCCAGGAGGAGUAUGACCGUCUCCGCCCGCUCUCUUACCCAGAGACCGACCUCAUCUUUGUCUGCUUCGCCAUUGAUUGCCCUAACUCUCUCGACAAUGUGCUCGACAAGUGGUAUCCCGAGGUUCUUCACUUUUGCCCAUACACCCCGCUGAUCCUCGUUGGUCUCAAGAGCGAUCUGCGCUACAAGAGAACAUGCAUUGACAUGCUCAAGACGCAGGGCCUUACUCCCGUUACUACCGAGCAAGGCAUGGCCGUUGCCCAAAAGAUGAGCGCCCAGUACAUGGAGUGCAGCAGCAAGGAAAUGCGUGGUGUUGACGAAAUCUUUGAACGCGCUAUCCUGACCGUUGUCGCAAACGACCGCAGACACAUCCAAGUCGCUAGCGGCUCCGGACACGCCCAGGACAACAAGCACUCGAUACCUGGAGUCGGUGUUGUCCCCAAGAAGAAGAAGAGAAGAUGCCAGAUCCUGUGAGGCUGCGACGACAAUGAAAUUUCCUUUCUCACUGUUUUAAUGGCAUGGCGAGGAGGCGUUGGCUCGUUCUUUUCGCCCUUUUCCUUUUGGAACCGGCGGGCGUCCCUGGCGGCGCGCGUAAAUCUUUUGUAAUGCAACGACCAAACAGGCGACGUAUAGCCUUGGGGGCUUCUGACUCACGAUCUUCUUCUUCUUCAUUCUUCCAUUCGUUGGAAGGUAACGACUGCGCGGCAUUGGGGCCGAUGGGCUGGGUAUGGGAUUCUUUUGGGAGUGAUCUUGGACUGGAUGGUACAUAUGGAAUGGGUAGAUGGGAGCUAGAGCUGGGCUGCAAGUGCCUCGCUUAUGCUCAUGCUUCUAUCUGCUCUUCUUUUCUCCGUUAUUUUCAUUAUUUUCAUUUGUUUUCUUUUGUAGUAGAGCAUGGUAUGUUCCCAUUGUCUUUUGGGUUUCUUUUUAUGGAUAUGACAGCACAAAAUUUACAUUGUU